AUGGCGAUGGCUCGUGCUAGCUCAGCAAGUGGCGGCCGAAUCAGAUCCGCGGCCGGUGCUGUGCAAGUGCGAGGCACUUUGCACAGCCCCGGUGCACGGGCCCGGUUUCUGGGUGGAAUUCGGUUGCAAAGGAUGUCGCUGGAGAGAUCGCAAAACCUGCUCCGGCUUCUCGUGCUUUGCCACAGGCCUCCGUUUUGUUUGUGCAUCGUGCUGGCUCAUGGUGCCAUAGGCCUAGCCGCUGUCGUGCCUGUUGCAUCAGCAACUGCCGUAAGACUGUCUAAGUCCGUAGACACCCCUUUGUGCCAGAUCUGUGUUGAUCGCUGCAGUGUGGUGUGGGGGCUGUGGCAGUCGACGGGAUGGCAAGGAGUGGCAUGGCAGCAUUUCAAGCUCAGGAAAACCCCAGCAAAGCGUCUUGCUGCGAAUGUAGCUUUGUGA